AGACAGCAUGCACUUGUUGUCAGGCACUCAACGGGCAUCCUGCCGCCAAAGCGCACUUGGAUGGCUCCGGGCGACGCGUCAAGUUGCGCCCGGCCAGCCAAUGUUAAGGAAUAGCCCAAUUUACUCAAUAGCUUCCCUCGCGCUCGGCAUUUCGGCGCGAGGGAAUGUCUCCGUUUCCAGGAGCUCGCGACUGCUUGCAGUUGUGGCUGAAGCCCCCCCAGCCACAGAGGCUCCUCCAUCCAGCCCGAUAAAGCGCUCUGUCUUUUUGGAGCUGAAGUCCAGCGAUGAAUCGGACCAGCUUUUGCGCAUUCGUCACAGUUGUGCCCAUAUCAUGGCUAUGGCGGUGCAGCGGCUGUACAAGGGAGUGCAGGUGACCAUAGGGCCCUGGACCGACCGCGGCUUCUUCUACGACUUCCACUGGCCCGCUGACAGCCCCAUCACGGACAAGGACCUGAAGCGCAUCAAGAAGGAGAUGGCGCGGAUCAUGCGGGCGGACCUGCCCUUCGUGCGGGAGGAGGUAUCCGCUUCUGAGGCUGAGGCGCGCAUCCGGGCGGCCGGGGAGCCGUACAAGCUGGAGAUCCUGCAGUCGAUCCUGCAGCGCGACAGCACCGCCCCCAUCACCAUCUACCACAUCGGCCAGCCGACAACAGCAGCAGCAGCACCCGCCGCGGAGGGCCUCCCCGCUGCCGCCUCCCCUGCCGCCGCCUCCUCCUCCCCUGCUGCCGCCUCCUCCUCCCCUGCUGCUGCUGUUGCUACUUCGGUUGGCGUGGCGCCUUGGUGGGACCUGUGCGCGGGUCCGCACGUGGCUCGAACCGGGGACAUCGACCCGGAUGCGGUGGAGCUGGAGAGCAUUGCGGGCGCCUACUGGCGGGGCGACGAGAAGAACGCCAUGCUGACCCGCAUCUACGGCACCGCCUGGGAGACACCCGAGCAGCUGACAGCGUACAAGCAACUCAAGGAGGAGGCGGCCAAACGCGACCACCGCAAACUGGGUGCCGAGCUGAACCUGUUUAGCAUCCAAGAGGACAGCGGUAAGUAGCAGGAAGGCAGGAGGGGGUAAAGUGAAACGCAGGUGCCGCAGUUCCCCCUGCCCGACUUGCAACGCUCGGGAAGGGAUGGAGGUCGGGAAGGGGACCGGAGAAGGGGAGGUGUGAUUGACAAAACUGGCCGCGAGGUGCGUUGGAUCGACUGAACCGCGUAACGAUAUCGACUUGUCCAAGGAGAGAUGCACUGUCGCAAGGCGGCGGUCUGGUGUACUGGCACCCCGCGGGCGCCAUGGUACGGCACCUGAUUGAGGGUUUCUGGAAGGAGCUGCACCUGGCUCGGGGCUACCAGCUGGUAUACUCGCCGCACAUUGCAAAGACCGACCUGUGGCGCACCUCGGGCCAUCUGGACUUCUACCGGGAGAACAUGUACGACCAAAUGCAGGUGGAGGACGAGUCCUACCAGCUGCGCCCCAUGAACUGCCCCUUCCACAUCUCCGUAUACAAGGACGCGCCGCACUCGUACCGCGACCUGCCGCUCAGGCUGGCGGAGCUGGGGACGGUGUACCGCUACGAGCGCACGGGUGCCCUGCACGGUCUGUUCCGGGUCCGCGGCUUCACGCAGGAUGAUGCACACAUCUUCUGCCUGCCUAGCCAGAUUACCUCGGAGAUCAAGGGCGUGCUGGACCUGGUGGAGGAGACGCUGGGGACGUUUGGGUUCACGGAGUACGAGGUGAACCUGUCCACCCGCCCGGAGAAGUCGGUGGGCGAUGACGCCAUCUGGCAGACCGCGGAGGGGGCUCUGGUGGAGGCGCUGGGGGCCAAGGGCUGGGCGUACCAGGUUGACGCUGGCGGCGGCGCCUUCUACGGCCCCAAGAUCGACAUCAAGAUCCGGGACGCCAUCGGCCGCAAGUGGCAGUGCUCCACCAUACAGCUGGACUUCAACCUGCCGGAGAGGUUCGACAUGCACUACACGGACGCCUCCGCCUGCAAGCAGCGACCCAUCAUGAUCCACCGAGCCAUCUUCGGCUCCCUGGAGCGCUUCUUCGGCAUCCUCAUCGAGAACUACAUGGGCGCAUUCCCGCUGUGGCUGGCACCCGUGCAGGUCCGCCUGCUGCCUGUGAACGACUCGGUUGCCGAGUACGCGCAGCGGGUGGCUGCUGACAUGCGGCGGUCGGGCAUUCGGGCGGAGGUGACUGGGCAGGCGUCCAUCGGCAAACUCAUCCGCAACGCCGAGAAGGCCAAGACCCCGGUGAUCUGCGUGGUGGGCGCCAAGGAGGUGGAGGGCGGCAGUCUCAGUGUGCGGCUGUACGGAGGGCAGGAGCUGGGGGCGAUACCCACACAGGACGUCAUCAGCCGCAUCCUGAGGGCCACUGCGACCAAGAGCAGCGCCUUCUGAAGGGGGGUGGGUAAAGAGGAAACAACUAACUGACUGAAGGGGGGUGGGGGUGAGGGCGCAUGGAGGUGUCUGCGGGUGUGUGGACACCUGGAGGGUGACGGCUGGAGGGAGGCCCUCGGGGGGCGGUGCCACUCCGGAAGGAGUGGAGGGUGCCUUGCUAGCUGGCAUGUGACGUCGUGAGGCGUUGCUAGCGCCGCUGUGGAGAGGCCCUUGAGGAGGCAGGGGUGCAGGGGGGGGAGCUGGGCUGGUGUGUGUGAUUUGGUAACAGAGCGCAAAGAGUGAGGUUACCAUGGUUUGCUGUGUGUUGAAUGGGGGGUGGUGGAAGUUCCGCGCUAGGGGUUCGCUCUGUGGUGCGAAGGCGCGUGGCAGGCAGGUGGGAGGUGACAUGGGAGGGGUGACGGUGGUGGUGGCGGAGAGCAUGUUGGAGGAAAGGUGAUACAACAUGUGUAUGUAUGUAGCAUUGUAGCAUUGGAGCUGGGGCUCAGGAACUCAAAUAGGGGAGAAGGAGAAGGGAGGAAUGAGUGCGAUUCGAGCGCUUGGGGUCGAGGGAGGUACGAUGAGUGGACCGUUCCUUGGGGGAAACAUAGCUGUCAGUGGGGAAAUGCAGCGGGGCAAAUGUGUGUGUAUUGAAGGUGGGUCGUGUGCUCUGUUGUCAUGUUCUAUGAGGACAGACACACGCCUCCUGGGCGGGGGAGUGACACCGGCGGGUGUGUUAGGAGGAUCUCGCCCUCCUGGAUUCCGACCGUUCGAGUCCCAAGCUUGUACCGGGUUAACUUUGGUCGGACUGAGCUCAGAUCAGCUCUGGGGCUGCUGGCUUGAUCAUCCUCGCUGGCGUCUGGUUUCCAGUCGCCAUCCGGUCAUCUGCGCACGUGCGGGGGCUGGCACCUGCAUUGCCGUACCGGUACCUCGCACGACAUGAGAGCACCCGCUAUGCAAGGGUGGAACCACAACUGGUUUCCCACGUAUAUAUUUACGGGUUUGGUAUGCCAGACAACUGGGCUUUACUUGCACUUCUAACGCACCUUUCCAAACCCACCCAAGGAGCGUUCAGCUGACUUGCACCCUCUACACAAUUGAACCCCGGGACUACUAGUCUCAGCGAAGAAGCUAGCAGCUUCAGGAGGACAACUGAGUAAAGCAGCCUUGGCAUUCACGGGC